GUAUAACAGUCAUCAUUCGUGCUCCGAACAUCGGAAGCUUCUCGUCGUGACUUUACGAGCUCCAAUCACUCAAUCAACAUGUCUGGACGCGGCAAAGGUGGAAAAGUAAAGGGAAAGUCAAAGACUCGUUCCAACCGAGCUGGACUUCAAUUUCCCGUGGGAAGAAUCCAUCGUCUUCUCCGCAAAGGAAACUACGCAGAGCGAGUUGGCGGAGGUGCUCCAGUCUACCUCGCUGCCGUCAUGGAAUACUUGGCCGCUGAAGUUCUUGAGUUGGCUGGCAAUGCCGCUCGUGACAACAAGAAGACCAGAAUCAUCCCUCGUCAUCUUCAAUUGGCAAUCCGCAAUGACGAAGAGUUGAACAAACUUCUCUCAGGAGUUACUAUCGCUCAAGGAGGUGUCCUGCCUAACAUCCAAGCAGUACUUUUGCCCAAGAAAACUGAGAAGAAGGCAUAAACCUUUUACUUCGAUAAGCAAACUAUCGGCCCUUUUCAGGGCCAAAAAUUCAUUUUACGUAUGAAAACUCUAGACACAAUUUUUUUGAUGGUACACGGGGGUGCUUCUAAAAAUUUAAGUAAAUCCAACCUCUGGAUCGGUUGAUUCACCAACUAACGACUGCCUACUUUGAUCAA